CUAUCUUCUUUCCUUUCCGCCUACGUUUGAUUUUGUGCAUACCAAGAAUGGCUACUGGCUGGGAUCUUUACGCGGUGGUGAGGAGUUGUUCGUCCACCAUCAACACGGCCAGCUCCGCCGUAGGAAGCAACCGGUCCUCAAAAGGGAAUGGCAGCGGUUGCCACGAGGACCCUUUGGCUUGUUUGGCUUCGUCGAUGUUCGAGGAAGAAGAUGGCCCGUUUGCACUUCCUACUCUAAGUAAAAGUGGUUCUUUGCAAGAUUCUCACGAACCCUUGUUGAUACACGCCGACCCCACCCCCAUGGGCAUUAAUCGAGCCAUAGAUCCGAGCUUUUCGAGACCUGUUAACGGAGGAUCCAGUAGCGAACAUCAUCAGAUAAAACAGCAGCAGCAGCAGCAGCAGCUGCAACAACAACAACAACCCACCAUUAGGACGAGCCCAGCUGCUCCUUUUUUCACUUUCGGCCAAUUUGUAAACCAGAGACAACCACGACCGCUACAGUUGAAGAAACGAGUUCAACAGCAUGAGGUUCCAACACCAAGAAAGAGGAAGAAUCAGAAGAGAACCGUUUUCCAUGUAACGGGUGAGAAUUUAUCUUCAGAUCAAUGGUCAUGGCGAAAAUACGGACAAAAGCCCAUCAAAGGCUCCCCCUAUCCAAGACACUACUACCGAUGCAGUAGCUCAAAAGGGUGCUCAGCGAGGAAACAAGUCGAGCGUAGCAAUUUCGAACCCGACACCUUUAUCGUUACCUACACGGGCGACCACACUCACUCUUGGCCCACUUACCGGAACUCGCUCGCCGGAAAUUCUCGAGACAACAGGUUAUCGACUAUUCGAAAGGUCGCUAAUGCUUCCUCCACCUCUUUGAUCUCUCCAACGACACCACUUUCGGCUUUUGAAGACGGCGGCAACGUGCAUAACACGGGUGAUAGUGGAGAUAAAGAAGGUGAAACCGUGAACAACAUGGCUCUUCAAACGUCUCCCGACGCAGAGAACGAUGAUGAUAAUGAUGUUAUUUUGAUCCCCAACGUGCAUGUUAAUGAAGAUCUUUUCAAUGGGUUGGGAGAACUCAUUGGCGGUGCUGGCGGUGGCAGUAAUAGUAUUUGUAGUGGAUUAGAACCCAACUGGCCAGCCUUCCGUGGUCACUUUCCUUCUCAGGAUACCGGCAACUCUGCCUCAAGCGCCGGAGCCCCGCUGGUCGUGAGUGAUAUGCUGAUUUCAACCUUUAUUUUGCAAAGUUGGGGUUUUCAUUCCCUUCUUUUGGUACAUAGAAACUAA